AUUAUACCAGUAAUCUCGGAUUCUUAUGCACUCCAGCACCCCUAUAAGUUCUCUGUUCUCCUUCACCAGCCCAGCUGUAAAGAGGCUAUUGGGCUGGAAGCAAGGAGAUGAAGAGGAAAAGUGGGCAGAAAAAGCUGUGGACUCCUUGGUAAAGAAGCUGAAGAAAAAAAAAGGUGCCAUGGAGGAACUGGAGAGGGCACUUAGCUGUCCUGGGCAGCCCAGUAAGUGUGUGACAAUCCCACGCUCUUUGGAUGGAAGGCUGCAAGUAUCUCAUCGCAAAGGUUUGCCACAUGUCAUUUACUGCAGAGUGUGGCGCUGGCCUGAUCUACAGUCUCAUCAUGAGUUAAAACCUCUGGAAUGCUGUGAAUUCCCAUUUGGCUCAAAGCAGAAAGAAGUCUGCAUUAAUCCUUACCAUUAUCGAAGAGUGGAAACCCCAGUGUUACCUCCAGUGUUGGUUCCAAGACAUAGUGAAUUCAACCCACAUCUUAGCCUCCUUGCCAAAUUCCGGAACACAUCUCUUCACAGUGAGCCACUGAUGCCUCACAAUGCAACUUACCCUGAUUCUUUCCAGCAGCCUCCCUGCAUCACUUUCCCAGCAUCCCCCAAUAUGUACUCUCAGUCAUCAAGCAGUAUGAGCUACCCAGACUCCCCGGGAAAUUCUUCUGCGCCGGGAAGUCCUUAUGAGCUCACAGCUGAUACACCUCCUCCACCUUAUAAUGCCAGAGAAACACCACGAAACCACAAUGGAUGUCCUGUACAUGCAGUUAUAGACAGUCCAUUAGUGCUGUCAUUGCCCAAUGGAGACUUCCGACCUGUUUGCUAUGAGGAACCACAGCAUUGGUGUUCAGUUGCAUACUAUGAACUUAAUAACAGAGUUGGAGAGACAUUUCAGGCCUCUUCUCGAAGUAUACUAAUAGAUGGCUUUACAGAUCCUUCAAACAAUAAGAACAGAUUUUGCCUUGGAUUGCUGUCCAACGUUAACAGGAACUCUACUAUAGAAAACACCAGAAGGCACAUAGGAAAAGGUGUUCACCUGUAUUAUGUUGGGGGAGAGGUAUAUGCAGAGUGUGUGAGCGACAGCAGCAUUUUUGUACAGAGCCGCAACUGUAACUAUCAGCAUGGUUUCCACCCAGCCACUGUCUGCAAAAUCCCCAGUGGAUGCAGCUUGAAGAUUUUCAACAACCAACUCUUCGCUCAGUUGCUUGCCCAGUCAGUUAACCAUGGCUUCGAGGUGGUGUAUGAGCUAACCAAGAUGUGCACCAUCCGGAUGAGCUUUGUUAAAGGCUGGGGAGCAGAAUACCAUCGCCAGGAUGUUACAAGUACUCCUUGUUGGAUUGAGAUCCAUCUUCAUGGACCUUUGCAAUGGCUAGAUAAGGUGUUGACACAAAUGGGUUCCCCACAUAACCCAAUAUCCUCUGUUUCGUAAGAAUUAUCUCCACACACUCUAGGGGUCAAAUACUGCUUUUGGCCUUGGCUUGUAGGAUUCUCCCUUAAAUUUCUGUAUAUAGCUGUAAAUAUAAUUGUA